CGGUAACGAGAAAAAUGAUAAAUGAAUUGCCCAUUCGGAGUAUAUACACCCCUCGUAAUCGAUCUAUACCCCUCGUUCACUCCUCUACUUCGACUCUUCCAAUCUCCGACCCAGAGUCCGAUUCCUUGUCCGGUCGAGCCAGUUCGACGUUACUUUGCAUCAAAACAAGCGCAUCAUCGAGUCCCCGCCGAAGGUGCACAUACCAUCGACCCGCGACCAGCAACUCUCUGCCCAUCCCGGCCCAUUUUCCAUCAAAUCUCCGCGAUCUGCUUUUUCCUUCACAACAACCACAUUCCACGACUCGUUUCCCCAUCACAACCAAAUCCUGAAACUCCUCUCCUAGACUCGUGCAAAAUAAAAACUAGCGGAACGGGUUUCCCUUUUUCUCCUGGGUCUCGACGGGCCCGUGUCCGUUAUUUCCUGUACCCCGUCUUUUUCGCUAUUCUCUGAUACUCCCUCAGUAUCAUCGAGCACCGACAGCUGACCUCAUCGUCUUGAUUCUCCCUUUUCCACCUCCCUUCUUCAUCUACCACCAACCCUUCAACCUCCUCCCACUUCCUCCUACAAUCUCCCCUCUUGUACCAGCGCUUCGAACUCUCUCUCCAUUGAUUGUGCACAUGAUUCCAAAUCUCUAUAUGAUUUUGCCCGUGUCAAUUUCUCUGAUCUGUGUGUUCCGACGAGCGGCUUGGUCUCUCCCAUCCGCGACCCUUUCUGGCCCCCCUCUCUCUCCCGAGUUUGUCCAGCUGGUCCAAUUCCCCUAGGGCGGCAUCACCCAACCCUUUUUUUUCUCUCUUUUCUCCUCCCACCCUACGCCUACUUCCAAGACGGAGAUACGCAACACGCUCCGUCAUGGAAGCCCUAGACUAUGAUCUGUCGGACGAUUCGGAGUUGAGCUCCGUGCCAUCCGUGCCAUCAUCGUUGCGGUCCUCGCCUGAGCCGGCCACCCGGUACCUGACGCCGUCAUCUCAGGAUGCUGAGGAUUCGACGCGCCAAGACUGCCCUCCGCCCGCGAAGAAGCGGAGACGCAACCCCCUGCCCAAAGAGCGCACCACUCAGUAUCUCUAUCUAUCCAAGUCCUCCUAUGAGCAGCAAGAUCAGGUGAAAUUGCUCGUCGACACUCUCCGCCACCAAAAGGACAUUGUCGCCAUUGCCGGCGCGGGCAUCUCCACAUCGGCGGGUAUUCCCGAUUUUCGCUCCACCGAUGGUCUAUUCAAGUCUUUGCAGAAGAAGCACAACCUGAAAGCUUCCGGAAAGCUCCUAUUCGAUGCUGCUGUCUACCAGGAUGAUGCCCUCACAGGCCCCUUCCAUGAAUUGGUACGGUCGCUGUCGGUUGAGGCGGCUAAGUGCCAGCCCACGAAAUUCCACGAAAUGCUCGCCAGUCUCGGUCAGGAGAACCGGCUUAAGCGCUUAUACACCCAGAAUAUCGACGGCCUCGAAACUUCCAUGAAGCCCCUGGAGACCGAGAUCCCACUCAGCGUCAAGGGUCGCUGGCCCAUCACGAUCCAGCUCCACGGCAGCAUCACCAAGAUGGUGUGCCAAAAAUGUCGCCAUCUCGAGAACCUAGAACCCAACAAGUUCUGUGAAGCCGACCCGCCCGAUUGUGAAGAGUGCGCUGGUAACGACCGAGCCCGCGUAGGAGCAGGUCAACGGAGUCAUGGUGUAGGGCGCAUGCGCCCGCGCAUCGUUCUUUACAAUGAACAUAACCCCGACGAGGAGGCGAUCACGUCCGUCAUGAAUGCCGAUAUUAAGUCUCGCCCUCGCGUCCUGAUUGUCGCCGGCACCAGUUUGAAGAUUCCCGGUGUUCGACGCCUUGUCAAGAGUCUAUGUACGGUUAUUCGCAGCCGUAAGGACGGCGUGACCAUGUUCAUCAACAACGAGCCACCAGCGGGCAAGGAAUUUGAAAAUUGUUUCGAUCUGAUCGUGCAAGGCUCUACCGACGACGUGGCCGAUCUGGUCAAGCUGAAGAGCUGGAACGACCCUCAGCCCUACGACAUGCCGCUGCCAGACCCCGUGUUUGGAAUCAAGCCCAGUUCCGACGAGGAGCUCUCCUCGUCAGACUCCGAACAGAAGGUGUCCGUGGUUAUUACCUCCACGCCCAAGAAGCGUCCUCGCAGUGACACUGGCUUGAUGACACCUUCUUCCUCUCACGAUGAGAAGCCGGUGGCUAAGAAGCUUACCCAGCGAAAGAUCAUCAACCCGGCCAGCAGUGGUCCGAGCAUCGACAGCUUACUCAACAAGGAUGGCAAGCCAGCCGCGACGAUCAAGGGAGGCCGCAAACCCGCAGCGAAACAGAUUGCUCCCAAGAAGCGCGCCACCAAGGGCAAGACCGCGCCUGCGGCUAACAAGCCUAUUUCCUCCUUCGCCACAGUCAGCAAGGCGAACAAGGUCACUGUUUCCGUUAACAAGAAACUUGGCCCUCUACCACCUGGUGCCGCUAGGGCUAAUAGCUCAGUCAAGCCAGAGACCAUGUUCCCUGGACUCAAGGCCGGCAUUGAAGCACACCCAGUCGAGGAGGUGACCGCCGGAUCGUCAUAAAAUUCGUGCCUUUUCCACUGUGAUCGGCUCUUUUAUUCAUUUUCACCUCCCUAUUCUCUCAUCAACCCAUCAUCAGAUGCAUUACCAAUGGCGCUCUGGUGUUGCUCUUCUUUCCCCAUCUCCAUUGCGGGGUUUUUUUUUGUUUCUUCCCGGCCUGCUCAUCUGGUCUUCCAGACACUGACCAAGCGGGCCAUUUUUAUUUCACCAUUCAUCCGCCCUUCGCGAAGAUACCAACGAUAGACUACGGAUUAGUUGCAUGAGGUGGCGUUGGCGUUUUCAGUCCGGGGUGACUUGGUUUAUUCAUGGGUUAGAGUGCAUAGCCCUGGGAUGUCUCAUGAUGUGUUGCUGUUGCUGUGAAGCUUUACAUGUUUUACUACUACCUUUUUCUAGUCAUCUGGGUCGUAGUAAUGCCCAUUCUCUGCUGGUAUGGAUUAUGAGGUAGCUUACGUCUGCCUUAAUACAUGUGAGCUUGAAUGCUGCGAGAUUUUUGAGUUGGUUCAAAGAUAUAUUUUCGUAGUGAGGUCAAUGUGACAUAUAUCAUCAUGCGCCGUAAACUCAUGUUGACAUCUCAAAUCUCUU